CGCCGCGCAAUGCAAAACUCAGCCCAAGCCGCCCUCUUGCCCAACGUGACCCAGUGCCGUCCAAACUCCCCGCUCAGCCCCAAGCCUCGUCCGGAUAGUGCAGGCGUCUAUCCCGAACCUGAAGGGUCCGUUCAAGGGUGGUGCUGGUCACGGCCGAACAGGCAUGCAGGUCAGCCAGCGGGCACCGACGGAUUAGAUAUUUAGCCUUUGGGGAGGGGCCGCCGUUCCCACAUGUCGGCCGCGUCGUUGCGGCUCCUCGUCCUGACUCUUGUCCUGCGCGAGCCGUUGAUACCCCACACUCUUCCUGACAUCGUCAGGUCCUUGACCGCCGGCCGUCUUGUCCGCUAUAUUAGUCCGAGAGAGGUCGGAAUGUCCCGCCCGUGCCCGAGCCUGGCCAACGGGUGGUUGCCGGCACGCAGCUCUCGCUCUACUCCUGCUCUCGGCGAGUCGCGAUAGUGGCAGACAUCAAGCGGAAAUAUGAUGGGCGACUGUCCGUCUGCCGACCAACCAAAAUGCCACAAAGGUAGGUAGGUGUGCAUUCGUAUAUUCAACUACAUUAAGUAUCCAAUAUCUGCAUAUCCAGAACGUUGGAUCAAGAGCCGCUCUCUGCGAGCCAGAGGAGGAAGACCACACAAACGCCGGCGCGCCAUACAUGUCUGUUUCAUUACAUCGUAUCGAAAAUAUACACAAAAAGACAUUAUCUAGAGGAAUCUCCUCAGAACCAUGUUGAACCUCGUGUUCUCCCGGCGCAUUAUAUCGGGCGUCAGCCUGUGCGUGUAGCGGCGGGCUG